AUGCGGCGCACCAGUUGGACGAAGUGUAUUCUGCAUUGUUCAUGUACAAAUGCGGAAUUCAACAAGUUGAAUGAGCAAUGUAAUGAAAAUUCAUGUAAGAAAAUUACUCAAUCACCACCUAUCGAGGUAGUCACUCGUCCCAUUUCACGAUGUGGAAAAGAAUAUUGUCGCCUUGGACAAAUUACUUUGGAAUCUUGUUAUCAGAUUAGAAAUAAAUGUGGAAUUAAUAUGAUAUUCAAUAUCAUAAUGGAAAUUUUUGGCUCAUGCAUUAUGCGAUGUGCAUGUGAACAUGAAUUUGUCGAAAAGGAUGGACAAUGUGUAGUACCUUCGAUCUUUAGGGAAAUAACAACAACAUCUGAAAAAACAACAACAACAACAGAUUUUAUAGCAUCCAGUUUGUCGAAAGUUGAUAAGAAAUUCUAUAAUUCCGAUUGCCGACAAACUCAAUUGGCUUGCGGCAGAAAUAUGAAAAUAAUUUCUUUUUGGAAAAAUCCCGUCAAUCAGCAAAACCGAUUUUCUUGCACUCAAUUCUGUGCUUGUAAUGAUGGAUUUGUUGAAAUUAACGGUCAAUGCGUAAAAGAAGAGUAG